GUGCCGCCGGCGCCUCAUCGCCUGUUGUGUACACCGGGGGUUUUCCGGUGAGCCCGAUCCAGCGCAGAUAGCCUGUGGAGCCGUUUGGCCCCGGCAAAGGCCCCCGAGGCCCACUUUCCUUGUCGUUGGCCGUCAGCCAGCAGGUCUGGCCGCUCUACCGCGAGGAGAACAUCUCCUCAGGGCCAUGUCCAGGCCGAGCAGCGUCUCCCCGCGGCCGUCGGCUCCUGGAAGGGGCGGCGGCAGCUGCCCGGCGCCGUGUGGCCCUGCGGGCGGCGGCCGGGCCAAGGGGCUGAAGGACAUUCGUAUAGACGAGGAGGUGAAGAUCGCGGUCAAUAUCGCUCUGGAGCGCUUCCGAUACGGGGACCAGAGAGAAAUGGAAUUUCCUUCUUCUUUGACCAGUACGGAAAGAGCCUUUAUUCAUCGAUUGAGUCAGUCUCUUGGUUUGGUUUCUAAAAGUAAAGGAAAGGGAGCAAGUAGAUACCUAACUGUGAAGAAGAAAGAUGGAUCAGAAACAGCUCAUGCAAUGAUGACCUGUAAUUUGACUCAUAAUACAAAACAUGCUGUUAGGAGCCUAAUUCAAAGAUUUCCUGUCACCAAUAAAGAGCGUACUGAACUUCUGCCUAAAACAGAAAGAGGAAAUGUGUUUGCAGUUGAAGCUGAAAACCGGGAAAUGAGCAAGACAAGUGGGCGACUCAACAAUGGCAUACCUCAGAUUCCAGUGAAAAGAGGAGAAUCUGAAUUUGAUUCUUUCAGGCAGUCUCUGCCAGUGUUUGAGAAACAAGAAGAAAUUGUUAAAAUAAUUAAGGAAAAUAAAGUAGUUUUGAUUGUAGGAGAAACUGGGUCUGGAAAGACUACACAGAUUCCUCAGUUCCUUUUAGAUGAUUGCUUUAAAAAUGGUAUCCCCUGCCGUAUAUUUUGUACUCAACCAAGACGAUUAGCAGCUAUUGCUGUGGCUGAAAGAGUUGCUGCAGAGAGAAGAGAAAGGAUUGGUCAGACAAUUGGGUAUCAGAUCCGUUUAGAAAGCAGGGUUUCUCCAAAGACACUUCUGACAUUUUGCACCAAUGGGGUACUGCUUCGUACUCUGAUGGCAGGAGAUAGUUCAUUGUCAACUGUGACACAUGUUAUUGUGGAUGAAGUACAUGAAAGGGAUCGAUUUAGUGAUUUUUUACUUACAAAGUUAAGAGAUUUGUUGCAGAAGCACCCAACUUUGAAACUAAUUCUUUCUAGUGCUGCCUUAGAUGUAAAUCUUUUUAUGAGAUAUUUCGGGAGUUGUCCAGUGACAUACAUACAGGGAAGACCAUUUGAAGUAAAAGAAAUGUUUCUGGAAGACAUUUUAAGAACUACUGGAUACACAAACAAAGAAAUGUUAAAAUACAAAAAGGAAAAACAACGAGAGGAAAGACAACAAACCACACUUACAGAAUGGUACUCAGCUCAAGAGAAUACUUUCAAGCCUGAAUCUCAGAGACAGAGAGCUGUCCCAAAUGUGACUGAAGAAUAUGAUUUAUUGGAUGAUGGUGGUGAUGCCGUCUUCAGUCAGUUGACAGAAAAAGAUGUGAAUUGCCUUGAACCAUGGUUAAUAAAGGAAAUGGAUGCUUGUCUUUCUGACAUAUGGCUGCAUAAAGAUGUUGAUGCCUUUGCUCAGGUCUUUCACCUUAUUUUAACUGAAAAUGUUAGUGUGGAUUACAGACAUAGUGAAACCAGUGCAACAGCUUUGAUGGUUGCUGCAGGACGAGGUUUUUCAAGUCAAGUAGAACAGUUAAUUAGUAUGGGAGCCAAUGUUCAUAUUAAAGCAUCAAAUGGCUGGAUGGCUUUAGAUUGGGCUAAACACUUUGGGCAGACUGAAAUUGUGGAUCUUCUAGAAUCUUACAGUGCUUCGUUGGAAUUUGGAAAUUUAGAUGAAAGUUCUUUGGUUCAAACAAAUGGGAGUGAUCUCAGUGCAGAAGACAGAGAGCUCCUGAAAGCUUAUCAUCAUAGUUUUGAUGAUGAAAAAGUAGACUUGGAUUUGAUCAUGCAUCUUCUAUACAAUAUCUGCCAUAGUUGUGAUCCUGGUGCAAUAUUGAUUUUCCUGCCUGGAUAUGAUGAAAUUGUUGGUCUGAGGGAUCGCAUCCUGUUUGAUGACAGGCGGUUCGCUGACAAUAAUCAUAGAUACCAAGUCUUUAUGCUUCAUUCAAAUAUGCAAACGUCCGAUCAAAAGAAGGUAUUAAAAAACCCACCUGCAGGUGUUCGAAAAAUAAUCCUUUCCACCAAUAUUGCUGAAACCAGCAUCACAGUCAAUGACGUUGUCUUUGUUAUUGAUUCUGGUAAAGUGAAAGAGAAAUCCUUUGAUGCACUGAAUUUUGUUACAAUGUUAAAAAUGGUGUGGAUUUCCAAAGCUAGUGCCAUACAGCGAAAAGGCAGGGCAGGGCGAUGCAGACCUGGAAUUUGUUUCCGGCUGUUCAGUAGACUUCGAUUCCAGAAUAUGUUGGAAUUUCAGACUCCAGAACUUUUGAGAAUGCCAUUACAGGAACUUUGUUUACAUACCAAGCUCUUAGCCCCAGUUAAUUGUCCUAUUGCUGAUUUCCUUAUGAAAGCUCCUGAACCUCCACCAGCUUUAAUUGUAAGAAAUGCUGUGCACAUGCUUAAGACAAUAGAUGCAAUGGAUGCAUGGGAAGAUCUCACUGAACUUGGAUAUCAUUUGGCUGACUUGCCAGUAGAACCACAUCUUGGUAAAAUGGUCCUGUGUGCUGUGGUGUUAAAGUGUCUGGACCCCAUCCUUACAAUUGCCUGCACACUAGCCUAUCGAGAUCCUUUUGUCCUGCCAACACAGGCCUCUCAAAAACGUGCAGCUAUGCUUUGUAGGAAACGUUUCACUGCAGGGACUUUCAGUGACCACAUGGCACUUCUCAGAGCAUUCCAGGCAUGGCAGAAAGCUCGAAGUGAUGGGUGGGAGCGAGCCUUUUGUGAAAAGAAUUUUCUUUCACAAGCUACUAUGGAAAUAAUCAUAGGCAUGAGAACUCAGUUGCUUGGUCAACUUAGAGCAUCAGGUUUUGUGAGAGCACGAGGUGGUGGUGACAUUCGAGAUGUUAACACAAAUUCUGAGAACUGGGCUGUCGUUAAAGCUGCAUUGGUUGCAGGCAUGUAUCCUCAUUUAGUCCAUGUGGACAGAGAGAAUGUAGUAUUGACAGGGCCAAAGGAGAAAAAAGUACGGUUUCAUCCCACUUCAGUUCUCAGUCAACCUCAAUAUAAAAAGAUUCCUCCAGCUAAUGGUCAAGCUGCAGCAAUUCAGGCACUGCCCACAGAUUGGCUUAUUUAUGAUGAAAUGACCAGAGCUCAUAGAAUAGCUAAUAUUAGAUGUUGUUCAGCAGUGACACCUGUCACUGUAUUGAUAUUUUGUGGACCAGCUAGGUUGGCAAGUAAUGCUCUUCAGGAACCUUCAUCUUUUCGAGCAGAUGGUAUUCCUAAUGACAGUAGUGAUAGUGAAAUGGAAGACAGAACUACUGCUAAUUUGGCAGCUUUAAAACUUGAUGAGUGGCUCAAUUUCAAACUAGAGCCAGAGGCAGCCACUUUACUGCUACAGCUUAGACAGAAGUGGCAUAGCUUAUUUUUACGCCGAAUGAGAGCUCCAUCCAAACCUUGGUCUCAAGUUGAUGAAGCUACCAUAAGAGCAAUUAUAGCUGUUUUAAGCACUGAAGAACAGUCUGCAGGUUUACAACAACCAUCUGGGAUUGGCCAAAGGCCAAGGCCUAUGUCUUCAGAAGAACUUCCUUUGGCAUCAUCUUGGAGGUCAAAUAAUAGUAGGAAAAUUUCAGCAGAUACUGAAUUUUCUGCUGAGUCUACUACUGCAGAAAGAGUAUUGAUGAAAUCUCCAUCUCCAGCACUGCACGCACCUCAGAAGUACAAAGAUAGAGGAAUUUUACAUCCUAAACGAAGCACUGAUGACAGGUCAGAUCAGUCUUCUGUGAAAUCUACAGACAGCAAUAGUUAUCCAAGUCCUUGUGCUAGUCCUUCUCCUCCAUCCUCAGGAAAGGGCUCAAAAUCUCCUUCACCAAGACCAAACAUGCCUAUUCGAUACUUCAUAAUGAAGAGUAGCAAUCUGAGAAACCUUGAAAUUUCUCAACAGAAGGGUAUCUGGUCUACAACCCCUAGUAAUGAGCAGAAGCUAAACCGAGCCUUUUGGGAAAGCAGCAUGGUUUACUUGGUAUUUUCUGUUCAAGGAUCUGGACAUUUCCAGGGAUUUUCUAGAAUGUCUUCUGAGAUAGGAAGGGAGAAGAGUCAGGACUGGGGUUCAGCUGGACUAGGAGGAGUGUUUAAGGUGGAGUGGAUACGAAAAGAAAGUCUUCCCUUUCAGUUUGCACACCAUUUACUCAAUCCUUGGAAUGACAACAAGAAAGUCCAGAUAAGCAGAGAUGGGCAGGAACUAGAACCUCAGGUUGGUGAACAGUUGCUCCAGUUAUGGGAACGCCUUUCAUUGGGAGAAAAAACCACAACUGAUUGAUAUUCAGUACUUUUUAUUCUACUUAUGUUUCCAGGUAAGAUUUCUCUUUUUUUGCAUUUGUGGUUUAAUAAAUGGAGAGUAACUUUUUGUAAACCCAUGUUAGUGCCAACUGUCAUAUAUUUCUUUGCCAUCUCAGAAUUAUUUGGUUUGCUCUCUUUCCCACAAUUGUCUAUGAAGUUUCCUUAGACACUUUCUGAAGGGAAAUGGAGGUUCAGGGAGAAGAAAUCAAAGAAAUGUCUUGGUUACUGAGUUCUAAAUAGACCAGGUUUGAUAGCACUUCUCAUGAUGCAGUUGGGUCAUUGCCAUGUAACAAAAAACCAACAUGAAUCUGAUUUAAAGACAAAAAGAAAACUCUAAGUCCUCUGCUUCUAUAUUCGAGAACAAAGAAGUGAAAAAUCAUGGGUCAACAUAAAAUCUUGGGAACUCUUCUACUUUCUCUGGGAAAGCAUUAUAUGUUGGUGCAUUAGUUUAAAAUGUCGGCUGUGACUUUUGCCUGUAUAUGUAGGUACUGGAUUUUUGUUUGUUUUAUACUUUGAAACAUACCUGUAAAUUGAGCCUAUGUGAAUUAUGUUCCACUAUAUGCAUAUUACAGUUCUUUUCCUAUUAGAGCAAGUUGUGGUUUUCUGAUAAUGGAUACAUUUUGUUUAGGUACAUAUUUAGCAGUUCACAGUGUCCUAAUUUGGAAGUAAGAACUUCUAAAAAAUAGAACUUGUUUUAAUUUCCAUCUGUUUUCUAAUGUAUAUCCCUGUAUGUAAA